CUCCGCCGCCGUCUCCCCGACCCCCGACCCCCCUCCGGGGGUCCCUCCCCCCUCCCCAUUGCAGAGACCGGUAAACUGAGGCUCCCGGAGGCCCGGCCCAGGACGGCGGCCACCACCGGAUCCCAGCGGGGAAGAGCCGUCCCGAGCGAGAGGCCAUGUCCGCCCUGCUGGGGAUCAAGAGCAGCGUGCUGCGUCAGGUCCAGGGGCGUCAGUCCUUCCGCCGCAGGACCGAGGAAGGGGCUAGGCCGCCCGGGACCAACACGCAGGAGCCCAGCCCGGAAACCGGCGCUGGCAGGGAGGAGGAGGACGACGAUGGUGACUUCUUUGCCAGAAUGAAAUCCAUCCUGAAGAAGAAAGAAGCCAGAGAGCGCUCCGGGCGGCGGGAGGGGGUCUUACACAGCGGCGCUCCUCCUCCUCGGGAGCCCAGUGACCUCAGCCCGGGCGUGGAGAUGUUGCAGCACAGCCCCGAACAGGCGUCUGAGCUGUACGAGGAGGCGCUGUACACCGUGUGCUACAAGCUGGGCGCCGCGGCCCCGGAGCAGCAGGCGGCCACUGAGCACGAGCUGUUCGACUACCUUCAGAAGGUGUUCGACGUGAGCGUCGACGACCACCUGGCCGCUCUGCAGCGAGUGAAGGAGGCCAAGGCCCCAGCCUAUUCCCUGAAGGUCACCGUGGUGAGGGCCAGGAAUCUCAUGGCCAAGGACCCCAAUGGUUUCAGUGACCCUUACUGCAUGCUGGGAAUCCUGAUCGGCCAGAGCCCCCGCACCCCCGGGGAGAAGAGGGAGAGGAGGUUCAGCUUCCGGAAGAAGAAGGAGAAGCACCUGAGCGGACGGGACGGGCUCCCGGCCAAGUACCUCCAGGUCACCGAGGUCAAGAACAACACGCUGAAUCCCGUGUGGAACGAGCACUUCUUGUUUGAGAUCGAAGAUGCCGCCACUGACCAACUGCACCUGGACAUCUGGGACCACGACGAUGACGUGUCCGUGGCCGAGGCCUGCAAGAAGCUGAACGAAGUCAUCGGUUUCAAGGGGAUGGGCAGGUACUUCAAACAGAUCGUCAAGUCGGCCCGGGCCAACGGGGCGUCCGGAGCCGCCGAGGACAAUGCGGACGACUUCCUGGGGUGCCUCAACAUCCCCGUCUGCGAGGUGCCCGUGGCCGGCCUGGACCGCUGGUUCCGGCUGGAGCCCCGAUCCAGCUCCUCCCGCGUCCAGGGGGACUGCCACCUCGUCCUCAAGCUGAUCACCACGCAGAGAGACACCAGCCUGAGCUCCCGGGCCUCUGGCUUCCACGUCCACGAGCUACUCCUCGGCCAGCUGCUGCGGUUCGAGCACCAACGGGGUCAGCAGGACACCUCCACCUGGAGAGGGGAGCUGAGCUCUCCGGCCGCCACCCUGCUCGCCCAUCACGGGACUCAGCUGGACCUGACCACCCUCCAGCUGGCUGUGGUGCACUGGCGGGCCAGCAGCCGGCACCACCAGCGGCAGAGCUUGGACUACCGCUACCUCCUAGACCUGCUGGCCAACAUCCGCGAGCAGUGGGGGGAGGAGACCCUGCCCCGGGAGCAGGAGGAGGGCUUGGCGGAGAGCUUCGUCGCCUUCACGGAGCAUGCCCUGCUGCUGCUGCAACAUCUGCGGGAGCUGUACCCCAUCACCAACAGCAAUGCCGUCGCGCGCCUCGAGGGCCUCCUCAGGUGCCUCAGUCUGAUCCACGGCCUCCAGCCCUUCCACGCGGUCUGCCCUUCCCGAAACCAGCUGCCCCUGGACGUGGCCACCGCCCUCAAGAGAGGCACCCUGAACUGGUACGAGGGGGUCCAAAGCAGCCGGAGCCCCGGAGGGCAGCCCGGCCCAGAGCAGAUCCCAGGGCUGGUCAGUCUGGUGGACGCCGUGUACGAGGACUUGCAGAGCUGCUGCGUCUACAACCCGCUGUUCACCAGCAUCGUCCAAGUCGACCUGUUCAGCAUCACCUACCGGCAGCUGGAGAAGUUGGUGGCAGAUGAGGUGGGCUCGGCGGUGGGCGAGCUGAGCCGCGGGGCAGAGGCGGGCCGGGGGCUCGGCGAGGGCCUCUUUGAGCUCUACAUGGCCCUGGCGGACACCCAGCGCCUGCGGGAUCGCCUCCCCUCUGCGGACAGCUCGGCCCUAGCCCUGUCCGGCCUCCACGCCCAGUUCCUCCCCACCAUGCACCUGUGGCUGCAAGUCUUGCAUGAGAGGACCAACACGCGGCUUCAGAGGGCCGUGGACGUCGACAAGCUGGAGCCAGUGGACGCAGCGUCCAAGCACAGUAGCUCGGCGGCCGAGGUGACCCUCUGCUUCUCACAGACCCAGGAGCUGUGGACCCAGCUGGCCUGGCCAGACCCGGCCGAGGCCCUGGACCUGGUGACCCAGCUCAGCGACGACUUGUGCCAGGCCGCCCUGCGCUACGCAGAGCUGGUGCGGAGGAAGGCAGAACGCAGACCCCCGGCUCCCGGCGAGGCCGUCAGCGAGCAGCUGUGCGUGGCCCUCAACGACGUGGAGCACGUGCGGAAGCUGACGGGGCAGGUGCUGCGGGGCCUGCCGGGGGUGCCCCGGGAGCCGGGCUUGGGCCUGCCCGGGGGGCCGGAGGGCCGGGGAGCCCCGCUGACCCUGCAGGCCCAGGCCACGGACGAGGAUCUGCGCAAGGAGACCCGGACCCUGGUCGCCCACCUGACUGCCAAGAUGGUGGGUGACGUGAAGAAAUUCGUGCAACACAUCAGCCUGUCCCCAGACUCCAUCCAGAACGAGGAGGCCGUGGCCCCGCUCAUGAAAUAUCUGGACGACAAACUGGUGGUCCUCAGCGAAUCGCUGGUGAAGGAAAACCUCUGCAGGGUCCUGGCCUCGCUCUGGGAGAUGCUGCUGUCGGCCAUCCUGCAGGCACUCAGUACCAACCGCGACGUGUCCGCCGACUUCUACCGGAGGUUCCACUACUCGCUGGAGGCGCUGGUGGACUUCUUCCACGCGGAGGGCCAGGGCCUGCCCCUCGACAGCCUGAGGGAUGCCAACUUCAAGACCCUGGAGGAGGAGCUGCGGCUGCACAAGUGCUCCACCGCAGAGUGCAUCGAGCAGUAUUACCUGGAUAAACUCAAACAGAGACCCUCGGAGCAGAGCAAGUACGGGCGACUGCGGGUCAAGUGCUACUACGAGGCCGCGGAGCAGCGCCUGGCCGUGGAGGUCCUCCACGCUGCCGACCUCAUCGCCCUCGAUGCCAAUGGACUGAGCGACCCCUUCGUCAUCGUAGAGCUGUGCCCUCACCACCUCUUUCCACUGGCACGGGCCCACAGGACCCAGGUCAAGGCCAAGACCCUGCACCCGGUCUACGAUGAGCUGUUCCACUUCUCGGUGCCCGCGGAGCAGUGCCGCCGGCGGGCGGCCUGCGUGGUCUUCACCGUCAUGGACCACGACUGGCUCUCCACCAACGACUUUGCCGGCGAGGCGGCCCUCACUCUGAGCGGCAUCUGCGGCCUCAGCCAGGCGCCGGGCGCCGGCGGGAAGAACGUGCAGCCCGUCACCCUCCAGCUGCGCCGCCCCACCGCCAACGUGAAGUCGGCCCUGCGAAUGCUGGAAGGCCGCCUGGACAAGGAGGCGCAGGAGUUUGUGAAGAAGCUGAAGGAGAUGGAGAAGUGCAUGGGAGACGCCGACUGAGCGGCCGCCUUACCCCUCCCUCCCCGCCCCACCCGAGCCCCCCACGUCCGUGUCCGGUUGGCCUGUGCGUCAGAAACCCCCCCCGCCCCUCCCGUUCGUGGUGGUCGUGACGGCCUCGUGAUGGUGUCGUGGUGCUGGCCAGGUGGCUGCUUCCCGCUCGCCGACUUGCGUGUGCCUCUACCCCCUCCUCCCUACCGGCUGGGGGGUGCCAGGGCGGCGCCCCCGCUGUGCCCGGCUUCCCGGCCAUGCUGCUGAUAUCCCCUGUGCCGAGCCGCUGUGUAUCCUUCACUGUCCCCCGCGGUGCCACCCUGACCCCCCCAGGGGCCGGAGCAGCCAAAAAGGGCACGGACGCCACGACCGCCAGCCAGUUGUCGGACAUCGGCCCGGGCUCCACGAACUAGAGCCUUGGCUCAAGGCUACGGAUCGUCUGUGGUUGGCAGUCCCACGGGGGCGACGGCUGCAGGAACUCCUGGACUGUCGGUGAGCUCAACCCGCCCAGCUUCGCCCCCACAGCUCGUGCCCGCGGGGGAACCCGGCAACCCACAGCAGGGGAGCGGAGGCCAGAGCGGGGCCCGGAAAGCUGCAGACCCCCCCCACCGCAACCCCCCACCUCGCUCUGUGGCUGGCCCCGAUCCCCCACCCAUAUGACAGCAUGGUUCUAAGGGACAGCACGGCUGAGGAGACUCAGCCCAGCCCCCCACCCUAACGCCUCCCGGCUCCGCUGGCACCAGAAAGGGGAUGCCCCCUCCGCCUCCCCAGGUCAGUCUCGUGAAGAGGUGUUCGGCAACGACGCGUGUGUUGUGUGGCGGCCGCUGUGUCUUCUUACUCUCCCAGUUUACGUUUGUCUUUCACUUCUCAAUUAAAAGACAAAAUGGCAAUUGCCACCCCAAGUGU